CUUUGUGCUUUUCGUGCAGCCAAUCGCUUAAGGAGGGCCCGCCCCCACUACCAUGCGAUAGGCCAGGAGUGUGCUGCAAGCCCCGCCCUUCCGACCUACUGGAGGGAGAUUUAAAUCCCGGGAAGGUUCCGCUCUGCACCUGACGGACACGCUGCUGUUCCAUCUGAGUCAUGUACCAUGGGAGUGCUGUGGGUGAUGGGUGGGCUCCCGUGAGCGACAGUUCUCUGUACUAUGGGUCAUUGGUUUUCAAUCAUGGGGCACUUGCUGCUGGGAUGUCGCCUGUUUUUCAAAGAAACAGGCCUUCAUCCCAGGUCUUUCCUGUUGGAAUGGUGAGUGUGGGUGUAGGCACAAGCCCAGAAAGGACAACAGAACCCAGACCAGAAUCCAGGUCUGGCAUGGAGACAGAUGUGGCUGUCUUGCAAAGGAGGCAGAAGCAGAUAGACUAUGGGAAAAACACCAUUGGUUACCAGUGCUUUAUCCAGCAGGUACCCAAGGCUGCUCGGCAGCCAGGUGUUCACCCAAGAACUCCAAAUAAAUAUAAGAAGUACAGUCGCCGCUCCUGGGAUAUGCAGAUCAAACUGUGGCGACGGGCACUUCAUGGCUGGGACCCACCUGGACUCGCAGGAACCGGACGGGGAAGUAUUUGCUAG